AUGCAAACUUCACGAAAUAUAUUUAGUGACAGACGAACACCUCGACGUAAACUUGUCUUUUCUUCAAGUGAUGAUGAAACAGAUAAUAGUCCACAAUCGAUAUCUUCAGUUCAUAUCCUAAGGCAAGAACAACAUCAAGAUGAACACUUAUCAAUACGAAUUGAAACAACAGAUAAUCGUAUAACAAGACAAACACGUUCAAAAUUAGAACAUUAUGGUUUUAAUAAACUUCCACGACCAGCAUCAUUACGUAAUAAUAAACGUCAAACAUUAAUCAAAGAAAAUAAAAAUAAGAAAAUUCGUCUAAAUGAAUUGACUCCUAAUCAAAAUAAACUAUCUUGUCAUCCAAUGCAAACACGAUCGCAAUCAUCAUCGGAUUCUCAUUCUGAUCAACUUAUUAAAUUAUUUGAUAAAACUCUUUCAACAGUGACACCAAAUCGAGAUAAUGAUGAAAAUUUACCUAAUCAAAAUCGACAACGACGAAUACGACCAUUGCCUCUUUGCUUAUCUGAUAAUGAAAAAAAUAUGCCAGUUUUAACGGUUAUAACUACUGAAGAAAAUUCAAAUAAUAAUAAACGUCUUCAUAAUGAUGAUGAUGAUGAUGAAAACAGUGACAAUAUUCGAUCAAUAAAACGUUGUAAAACUAUCGAUGAAACUAAUAAAGAAAAUGAUUUAAUUAUAAUUCGUCCAUCAAUUAAUAAACGUUCUCGUCAUGGAAUUGGAUUAAUUCGUAGUUUAACUGAACCAAAUGAAGAACAAAUAAAAGCAUCCGUUGAACUUGGUUCUAAUCAUGAUUUAAUUGGUGAUCGUUCACGUACAUAUCUUUUACCACGAUGUAAAAGUCGUAAACAUCCUGAUCUUGCUUGUAUUAAUUCUGAAACAAUGAUUAAUGUUUUAAAAAAUGUUUAUGCAUUUGAAAUAGAAAAUUUACAUAUAAUUGAUUGUCGAUAUCCAUAUGAAUAUGAUGGUGGUCAUAUUCAUUCAGCUAAAAAUCUUUAUACACGUAAAAAAAUUUAUAAUGAAUUUUUUUGUAAACCAAUUGAAUUAAAAGAUCCAACAAAACGAAAUAUAUUUAUAUUUCAUUGUGAAUUUUCAUCAGAACGUGCACCAUCACUUUUACGAUAUUUUCGAUCUGAAGAUCGAAAUAUACAUGAAAAAAAUUAUCCAGAAUUACAUUAUCCAGAAAUUUAUUUACUUGAUGGUGGUUAUAAAGCAUUCUAUGAAUAUUCACCAGAAUUUUGUAUUCCAAAUCAAUAUCGUACAAUGAUUGAUAUUGAUUAUGAAGAAGAAUAUCGACAAUAUCGUUAUGAAACAAAACAAUGUGAAAGAUUUACAGGUACAAAUACGAAGAUUAGUGAUGGACGACGAACACGUGUGUCUACAUUUCGUUCUUGUCUAUCGUUUUCUUCUCAACCUAUACAAUAUCGUUCAAUGAAUAUUCGUUAUGAUCUUCGAUAUACAGGCUCUCCGCCACAAACUUGA